AUGAAGGUCACAUUCAAGAAAUGGCAUGCUGUCACGUAUUGGCACUGGUCAGUACCCAACCAGGACGAUCUCUGUGGGAUUUGUCGGGUGUCUUUCGAUGGCACUUGUCCAUCUUGCACAUAUCCUGGUGAUUCCUGUCCUUUGGUGGUUGGGGAGUCUUGCCAUCACAACUUCCAUAUGCACUGCAUCACCAAAUGGUUACAAACAGACGCUAGUAAAGGUCUAUGCCCCAUGUGCCGUCAAGACUUCAAGAUGGUGUUCCCUGCGGGAAUUGAUAACGCCCGCGAACAUUUGGGGAUGGUGUUGGGAGAUUCCAAUAAUAAUGAAGGCGGCCAUCAGCAAACUGAACCCAAUCCAGAAAAUGGCAACCAAGAUAUUCUUGCCUGA